AUGAAGCAGCCCCUCCUGCACGCGCACGCCGUACCAGGGACACCACUCCUGCGAGUGUUUCUUUGUUCGUCCAACGGUGGUCCCUUACUGCAGGGAAAAGAGUCUCUCUCGCGCGAUCCUGAAGCCAUCAAGCUCAUUGCUCGCGCUCUCCCCCUUCCCUUAUCCCUUGAGCGCGCCCCAAGGGCCGAGGGCAAGCACCCGACACAUCACCACCCAUCUGACCACCGGGCCAGUGCAUCGGACACCGCUGUGACCACAAAGCUCACUCAACCUUCAUCCAAGCUCGACCCGUUCCUUGCGCGCUCCUUUGCGUGGCCAGUGCACUCUCACUCGGUCUCUCGACUUUCCAGUUCCAUCCUCUCAUCCAAACCACGAUCACUACUCGACACUCGUCUCCGUGUACACCACCGAAGAAUCACCCACAACUCCACCCUCCUCCGGCUCGAUAGGCUAGUCCGGCUCCCGAGCUACCGACUAGUCCACGAGGCAGACAGGCCACCGCACCCCCCUUCCCUCUCACCUGCCGACGUUUCACCCUCCUCCAUCAACCGACACCUCAUCUCUCACACAUACCACCACCAGAAUACACACAGACACCCAUCAUCCAUCUCGACGCUUCUUUCUCCCUCUCCAAAACAUCGAAUCCCAUACGCCCGCCCGUCCGCUCGCGCAUCGACACUCGACUCGCUCGCCCUCUCUCUCUCCUGUAUCACUACGCUCACGCACGUCUAUAAUCCUUAA